AUGGCGGAUAGGAGACGCAUCAACGGCCCUGCUGGUGCCACAAUACCCCCAGUAUUCGAUGAUGUUAGCACCCAAAAACUCAAGUCUCCAAAGACGAGGUCACGCCCUCCAAAUACGACCCGGAAAAUGUACCUUAAGACCGGCGUUACACCUUCGGCGUCUGGGUCUGCUUACUUGGAGAUUGAGACUUCUGCAACGCCUGGCGUCUCUGGCUUGAAACUCAGCUGCUCGGUUCACGGGCCAAGAUCGCUUCCAAGAUCCGCCCCCUUCUCCCCACAUAUCGUCUUGUCCACCCACGUCAAAUACGCUCCGUUUGCGACGAAACAGAGGCGCGGAUAUCUUCGUGAUCCCAGUGAGCGGGACCUUGGUAUUCACCUUGAGGCCGCUCUGCGCGGUGCUAUCAUUGCCGAUCGGUGGCCUAAGAGCGGUGUUGACAUCAUCAUCUCCAUCGUGGAAGGCGACCAAGACCGUGAGACGUCCCAGCUUCAAGGCGACGAGGUCUGGGAUAUGAUGAAUGUCCUAGGCGGAUGUAUUACCGUGGCAGCAGCCGCCCUCGCCGAUGCAGGCAUCGACUGUGUUGACACUGUCGCAGGGGGGGUUGCUGCUCUCGUUCAAGACGCCGGCGAGGACUCUAUUCCAACCGUCGUGGUCGACCCCAUACCCUCCGAGCACGAGAAAAUCCUGGCAGCUUGCUGCAUCGCCUACCUGCCAACCCGGGAUGAGGUAACGAACCUCUGGUUCAGGGGUGACCUGCCCGCCUCCGACAUAGACCUUUACACAAGCCUUGUUGAGAAAGGUAUCCAGGCUUCGAAGAACGCCAAUCGCGUCCUAGUCGGCUGCCUAACCGAGACGAUAGAAUAA